AUGGGCGAGAUGGUCGUGGCCGGGUAUGGCAUGGACAAGGCUCUGCGGGCCAGCGUCAGCUUCGACACGCCAUGCGGCGCGCUGCUGCGCGAGCUUGAGCAAAUAUGGACAGAGAUUGGGGAGCGUGAACAAGAUAAAGAUCGCAUGUUCCUUGAACUGGAAACAGAGUGCAUGCGUGUGUACCGUCGAAAGGUUGAUAGUGCCAAUGCUGAGAGAGCCAACCUCCGUCAGUCAUUGAUGGCCAAAGAAGCAGAACUUAAAGCUCUAGUUGCUUCUAUCGGGGAAAAUGGCCCACGAUUUACGGUGGAUGAAAAGCACACAUCGUUGAAAGAUCAACUUGCUGCAGUGACACCUCUCUUGGAAGAUCUUAGAGUAAAGAAACAAGACAGAAUCAAACAAAUCUCAAAUGUGCAAUCUCAAAUCGAGAAGAUAAAAGCACAAAUUUCUGAUCACAAUUAUCAGGACAGUGAUGGUUCCAUCAAACAACUUAAUGAUGAUCUUGACUUGUCUACCAGAAGAAUUUCUGAUCUUCAAAUGCAACUGCGUAAUCUACAGAAGGAGAAGUCUGAUCGUCUUCAGAAGGUUUUUAUAUAUGUGGAUGAAGUGCACUGCCUAUGUGCAGUGCUUGGGAUGGAUUUUGCAAAGACUGUAAAAGAGGUCCACCCAAGUUUGCAUGGAGCCAACUCUGAAAAUUCAACAAAUAUUAGUGAUAGAACUCUUGAAGGUCUUACUCAGACUAUCCUGAAGCUCAAAGCAGAAAAGAAGACAAGAGUUUUAAAGUUGCAAGAGACUGUAGAAAAACUUCACAAGUUAUGGAAUCUGAUGGAGUCAACUGAACAAGAGAGGAUUAACUUCUCUGAAGUAGCUGCUGUUCUUGGAUCUACUGAGGAAGAGAUCAAUUCUCCAGGCAUUCUGUCAUUGGAGACAAUUCAGGAGACUGAAGAGGAAGUCGAAAGGCUAACUAUACAAAAAGCUAGUAGAAUGAAGGAGCUUGUUCUCAAGAAAAGGUUAGAACUAGAAGACAUCUGCAAAAAUGCACACAUGGAGCCUGAUAUGAGCACAGCACCAGAGAAGAUCAUUGCGCUGAUUGAUUCCGGUUUAGUGGAUCCUUGCGAACUCCUUUCCAGCAUUGAAGUACAAAUAACAAAAGCAAAUGAAGAGUCCUUAACGAGGAAAGAUAUCAUGGAGAGAGUGGAUAAAUGGCUAUCAGCUUGUGAUGAAGAGACUUGGCUUGAGGAAUAUAACCAAGAUGAUAAUAGGUACAGUGCUGGCAGGGGUGCCCACUUGAAUCUCAAGCGUGCAGAAAAGGCAAGGAUAACUGUCCAAAAGAUUCCAACUAUGAUUGACAACUUGAUAGCCAAAACUUUUGCAUGGGAGGACGAAAGAAAUGUGCCAUUUUUAUAUGAUGGAGUCCGUUUGGUUGCCAUUUUGGAAGAGCAGAAACUCAGAAGGGCACAAAGGGAGGAAGACAAGAGACGCUACCGGGACCAGAAGAAGCUGCAGAGUUUAUUGCUUAAGGAGAAGGAGUUGAUUUUUGGGUCCAAACCUAGUCCUAAAAAGACAAGCAGCUUCAAUAGGAGGACAAGCAACCACCAUCCAAAUUCAAAUGGCGCUGGAUUCAUGACUCCGGUGCCACGCCGAGUUUCAGCUGGCAGUGCCACCCCAGAGCUUCUAACCCCACGCUCAUAUUCUGGCCGGUACAACUACUACUUCAAGGAGAACAGGCGUCUGACAACCGCACCGCUAAACUUCUCAGUCGGUUCCAAGGAGGAUAGCAUGUCAUCCUUUGCAUCCAUUAGUGGCUCGGAACCUGAUUCGCCAUUGUUUUUGCACUAA